CGAAAGAAAACCACAUCACUAAAGAUUGAACUCGAUCCUAAACCAAUCCCCAGUAAUUUCCAUGAAAUUUAUAAUCAUAUCAAAACAAUGAGAUCUAAAAUCAUUACGCCGGUGGAUACGAUGGGGUGUGCAAACAUCCCCAAGACUAUAAGUGGUGAAGAUGAACUUACUCAGAAGAACUACAGAUUCCAAUUAUUAGUUUCAUUAAUGCUGUCAUCACAGACUAAAGAUGAAGUGAAUUUUAAAACUAUGCAAAAAAUGAAGUCAUAUUUCCAAUCACAAGGGUUUAAAGAUGGUAUUACAAUAGAUUCUAUGGAACGGAUCGAGGAGAGGAAACUGGAUGAAUUAAUUUUCAGUGUAGGGUUUCAUACUAGAAAAGCAUCAUAUUUGAAAAAAGCUGCAAAAAUUUUAAAAGAGAAUUUUGAUGGUGAUAUACCCAACACUUUGGAAGGUUUGGUGAGUCUUCCUGGGGUUGGACCAAAGAUGGGGUUUUUAACAUUACAAGAAGGUUGGGGAUUGAAUCUAGGGAUUGGUGUUGAUACUCAUGUUCAUCGAUUGAGUAAGAUGUGGGGGUGGGUUAAGAAAGAUGCUAAAGAUCCUGAAGUUACUAGAUUAGAAUUGGAAAGAUGGUUACCCAAGGAGUACUGGAGAGAGAUAAACCCCUUAUUGGUUGGGUUUGGUCAAACUAUCUGCCCGCCUAGGGGUCGUCGUUGUGAUUUAUGUUCCUUAAGUAAAACUAGACUUUGUCCAAAUGUUGAUCGUCAAUUGUUGAAGAAGGUUAAAACAUUAUCU